AGCAUCGCUUUUUCGAGAUACUAUUCUCGGCACUUCGAAGGCAUAGCGAGUUCGGUCCCCUUUGCACGAAGCUUAUACAACAUCAGACUGCUGGCGGAACCAUGGGCACAUGGGAUGAUAUAAGUGUCAGCCUAUCCAUAUUGCACUCAGGAACAGAAAAUCGAGCGUACGCGUCCCAGUGGCAAUGCAAUUUUGAUCCCUCGUAUAAAUGCAUCAUCCUGUCACAGUAAGUGGCUGUGAUGACGACAGAGUACAGAUCAUGAUCACGUAGUUAUAAAGGUUGGCGCAUUCAUCCCCUUCUCCAACUACUCUCAGCCUAUCUCCACAAAACUUGCUCCUCCAUCAUGCCUAGCAUCAGCGAUUGUAAGUGUGUCCUUGUCAUUGGAUCUACGUCAGGGAUAGGUCGUUCCCUUGCCCUUGCAAUCUUGGACCUCCCUUCUCAGCCAACCGUCGUUGUCUGCGGUCGCCGCAAGGAAAGGCUCGACGAACUGGUUGCAUCCCACAAUGCCACCGGACGACUCAAGAGUGUUACUCUUGACGUGCUUUCAGAGCGCAACGCUCUCAAGUCUUCUAUCGAGGAGAUUGUCAACACUUACCCAGACCUUGACGCUGUUCUUUUCUCGAAUGGCAUUCAAUGUGCUUUCGACUUCACGAGGCCAGAUACCAUUGAUCUCGACUCUCUCGAGUGUGAACUCGCCACCAAUUAUACUUCGAUUGUCAGGAUGAUUACUUUCUUCCUCCCUCAUCUUAUCAAGCUUGGAGAGCAAGGCCGUCCGACAUUCUUGUACCCAGUUUCCUCAGGACUAUCCAUCUAUCCCGCCGCCGGAGUCCCUGACUACUGUGCAACAAAAUCUGCCCUCCACAGUUUGAGUAUCUCACUAGCUGUUCAGCUCAAGAAGAAGAAUGUUCACGUGGUCGAGAUUAUUCCUCCACUCGUCGAGUCGGAGCUGCACGGCUGUGGGUUCCCUUCAAUUCUUUUUCGUCUCUACUGUCUCUUGACCUGUGCGUUAGUCCAAGGUGCAACGCAAGGACUGAGUCGUUUCUGGCUUACGCUUGAAGAAUACACGAAAGAGACAAUGGAAGGCCUUGUUCGAGGCGACCCGUAUGUUCCAGCGGGGACUGCUGUUGAUCGGUACAAAAAGUUCGAGAGUGGGAAACUGGAGGCUGCAGCGAGGUUAUACGGGCAAUCCUAAUUCAGAUAGAGAAAACACAAAUGUUAUUGUUGUAACGUGCUCCUGGUCGUUUCGCUACUGGGAGUAAGUUCAAAAAAUUUAACCCCAGUAUCUUGGGAAAUUGUGUUGCGUCG